AUGCCAAAGGCGGUGGUGCUGAAGCCCAAAGCCGCCCGAGCGACGGGCGGCGCCGAAGCCACGACCACCGCGCAGAGGCCUACGCCAAAGCCAAAGGCAAAGGCACGGAUAGAAACUGAGCUGAGACCGACACCCAAGGCUAAAUCUACCUCAGAGCUGAGACCGACGCCCAAGGCAAGUCGCUCGCAGCCCAAGCCGGCGCCCAAGUCGACGAGCGCGCCCAAAACGCCAGGACCACGUGUGGUGCAAACGUCCAAAGCCAAGGUCAUGCAGAGUCCGGCCACGGCGCGAGCCGCGGCGAGGCGUGAACCUCCCUGGCGAGAGGCACAGCUGGGUGGCCAGAGCUGCCUACGACACAGGUGGCAGAAGUCAGAAAGCCUGGCAAGACCAGUGGGACCAAACAACAAAGACGAAGAACCAGGACCAGUGGACGACGUACAACUGGUCCAAGUCGAAGAAGAGGUUACUUCCGAUCCAAGAAAGGAGAGAUGA